AAUUGUAUGGAGCUUCGAGAAAUCAGAGGCCUGCCACCAAACAUAAAACAUAUUAGUGCAAUAAAUUGUACAUCAUUGACUUCCCAAUCUAAGGAUACGUUACUGAAUCAGAUGCUUCACCAUUCUGGGCCCAGAUAUAUCUGUCUUCCAGGAUCAACUAUCAAAAGUAAUUGGUUCCGUCAAUAUAGAAGGGAACCAAAUCUGUCCUUCAGCUUCUGAAACAAAUUUCCACGGAUAGAUCUUUGUACGGUGGUAGUUUUGGGAGCUUAUGGUGUCCUAAAUCCUUGUAUUAAGUAUGAGUUUGACCUGAUCAUCAAUGAAAGUCAACGGCUCAGGAACUUUCUCCAUGUUAGGUGGUCUAAAUACUAUUCGAUCUAUACAAAUAUAGAACAUAUAAUUAUGCUGGAUCUGCGGCUCAAAACUAGCCUUGGUAUGAUUGGAAAACUACAUAUUAAGAAUGGAUGGAAACAUGCUGAGAUUUCAUUAGUAAAAAAUGGUGGAGAAGAUAUGAAAUGGAUGAGACUUCAUGUACGAGAUGAAAAAUCAAGGAUGGCAGAUAUUCAAAUUAUAAAUCCUUAGGUUACAAUAGAAGGAAAAGACAAGAAAAGCGUCACGUGUGGGUAUCAAAGAUCAUCAAAACAAAAUCCCAAAGUCUAGCUAGUAGCUACUCUUGUCAGGUAUGAUUUAAGAUAGAUGAGUGAACAGAAGAGUGUGAACAUUUGAUGAUGUUUUGUGGUGUUUGUAAUUGUAACUAGUAGCAAAGAAAAAGUCAGAAAAAUAAAUCGUACAUGUUGAUAGCACCCGUAAAAUCAAAGUGACCAAUCUGUAUAUUAUUAGUGAUUAGCUAAGCUGAGCAGAGAAACUCUUACACCAGAAAUGGAUGCUAGCCCAGAGUCAGAGAAUAUUGCCAUAUCAUUCCUAUUUCCCUAACACAUGUGGAGGCUAACUCCGAAUUACCAUUCAAAACUACAAAAAAAAUGAUAGGAGACAAAACUCAUUUUAGAUGUACAAUUUGAAGCCGAGUGGAUGAUCAACUAUAACCACAAAAUUCAUAGUAUAUGUGAUGUGACAAAUUGCAGCAGAACAUCUAAAAAAAGGAUUCUAAAUGAUAAGGAAAAAAAUAAAACAAAAACCAGGUUGACAGUUGAACCAGCACAUUCAAAGGUAAACAUGAGCUUGUUCCAAAUAUAUUUUGUUAGAAUAACAUAUAAUUUGAUACGGAGGGAGUAAAAUGUAAGGUUGUUGGUAAACUUUAUACUUGAAAUUGAAACAUAAACAGAAAAUAACUUGAAAUUUUGCUAAGUUACUUUUACAAAUUACUUCAUCCCAAUUCAUUUAAUCUAAAAUUAUACUCAUACAUUACAACAUAAUUGUAGCAAGUAGCUACACAAAGUCAUGUGUUACUUGUAGUAUUAGUAUUAAAUUAAAUGAUUAAGUAGGUAUUUGUUCAAAUUGAAGUAAUUAUGAUAAUUGUAUCACUAGAUUGGGUCACAUUGAAACAAUGUGGUGGGUUGAAAAAGGGAAAUUAUACGACGUGGUAACCUGGAAGUAACCACAUAAUAUUUUCAACAGGCUACCUAAUUGAUCUUACCAUUGAAUCAAUACCUCCACAGGAUGCAUGACAUGAUUAAAGAUAUGGGUAGAGAAAUUGUGCGGCUGGAAGCACACCCUCAAAGUCGGGUAAACGUAGUAGGUUAUGGUUCUCCAAAGAUAUUCUGUUAGUAAUAGGCAUGUUAUCACUAGGACUUAUGUUAGGGUUACUAUACUUCUUGAUCUUGAAACCAACUCUGCAGAAUGUUAUUAUAAAAGCGUUGUUGAUAAUAACAUAAGUUACAUUCAGUAUAUACUAUCCUGCACUUACCUGUAAAUAUAAUAUCUAUCAUUGGUAUCAAAGCUCCGAUCCGAGGAGUAUUUGGUAUUGGAAAGGAAAAAAACCAACAACAAAAAAAUUAAACCAAGGAUGAGAAUAUUGGAAGCUAUGCAGGUGGUGUUAAGUAAGCCAGCAAUGCAAGGAAGAACUACUAAGAACUAUUAGGAAGUGUUGGAGAGGCAUCUCUACAUAAUGGAGCAGUUGUGGAAGAAUCCCGCAAAUAGAGACAAAAAGAAAAAGAAGAAGACACUAACAUGGUGUAGGCAAGCCAGAAGUGAAACUGGAUGAAUCACCUGCACCGACCAACCAACUGCCGUCACCAAAACCGUUGGAUAUCUAAUUCCUAGUGGUUGCUUGUAUCUUAAGGUUUCUGUUUGACGUGACAGUUACCAAUUUAUGUUUUUAUGUAGCCACCCCCUUUGGAGCUAUUCUAUGAGGUUAUAUUCGCUAUUCAUACAAUCUACCCCUCUAAUACUGGGGCGUUUAGCUUGUUCCAAAAAAAAUACUGGGGCGUUAACGAAAUUUAUGACAAGAAGCAAGAACCAGAAGCAUCUGAAACUGAAGCUGAAAAUUAGCAGUAAAAGUAAUAAUAUAAAAUAAUUAAAAAUUUAAAAUAAAUUACAACAUAAUAAUACAAGAACUAGAAUCAGGAGGAAAAUGCUGAAGAAAAAAGAAUAGGUUAUUGAAUUGGAAAAAAAAGAUUGAGAUGUAAGAUGGUAGAGAAAGUUUGCAUGUUUAGCGAUCCACCGACGUCGGUGUUACAAUCGAACUUAAGAAAUUUUGCAGUACAGAAAAUUAGGGAAUUGAGAUUAUGGUAAAACCGUUGCCAAAACCGUCGGACAGUAGAUUUCACACGGUGGUUGUUUCUGUUUCAACUAUUUGCUAUAAAAUGUUUUUUUUUCACAAAUAAAAGCUUUGUGCAUAUUUUGAUUACACAUGAUGGCCUCACUGAUUACAAGAAUGGCCAUGAUUUAUUUGGCAUGAUUUGGAAUCACGUUUGCUGCAAUAACAAAUUAUUUUUGUCCUUACCUGAAAUGUCCAUCUGCAUUAUCUAUAUUCGUUCACUAGCUAAUGCCAACCAUGUACCUACAUUUUCUAAAGCUUCGAUAUAAAAUUGGCAGAAAUAUAGUAAAUAUAUAAAACAUCACUUUCAUGUGUUAAAAGAAGGUUAUCUAGUAUUAGAAAAUCUGUAAAACGACAAUUCUUAUGUGAAAAGUUUUGUCUCAUGUAUUUGACACAUUUUAUAAAAAACACAUUCCUUAGAAGGCUUUGCUACAUCUUUUUCCUUUUCAAGAGUCAUUUUGUUAUGACUUCCAUGAAAGAGUUGAAAUCCCAGGCCUCCUCUUCCUCUACCAAUGAAUGGCGGGCUUAUGAUGUUUUCCUCAGUUUUCGAGGAGAGGAUACUCGAAAGGGUUUUACCGGAAACCUUUAUAAAGCUCUUUGUGGAAAAGGAAUCGACACUUUCAUAGAUGACCAAGAGCUUAGGAAAGGAGAAGAAAUCACACCAGCACUCAUGAUGGCAAUCCAAGAAUCAAGGAUUGCAAUUGUGAUUUUUUCAGAAAACUAUGCAUCAUCCACUUUCUGUUUGAAAGAACUUACAAAGAUCAUGGAGUGCAUAAAACACAAGGGAAGGAUGGUUUUACCAGUUUUUUAUCAUGUUGACCCUUGUAUUGUGCGCCAUCAGAAAGGGAGCUACGCAAAAGCAUUGGCCGAUCAUGAAAGUAAUAAAAAAAUUGACAAAGCAAAGGUCAAACAGUGGAGGUUAGUUUUGCAAGAAGCAGCUAGUAUAUCAGGUUGGCAUUUCGAACACGGGUACGAGUAUGAAUUCAUUGAGAAGAUCAUUCAAAAGGUGUCUGAGAAGAUUAAUCGUAGACCUUUACAUGUUGCUAAAUACCCUGUUGGGUUAGAGUCUCGAGUGGAAAAAGUGAACUCGCUUCUAGAAGUUGAAUCAAAUGAGGGGGUUCACAUGGUGGGGAUUUAUGGAAUGGGUGGGUUAGGUAAAACAACACUUGCAUGUGCUGUAUACAAUUGCAUUGCUGAUCAAUUUGAUAGUCUUUGUUUUCUUGCUAAUGUUAGAGAAAAUUCAAUGAAGCAUGGGUUGGUACAUCUCCAGGAGAUGCUUCUUCAUGAAUUAGGUGAGGAGAAAGAUCAUAAGUUGUGCAGUUUAAAUAAAGGAGUUUCUAUUAUCAAAAGUAGGCUUCAUGGAAAAAAAAUUCUAUUGAUUUUGGAUGAUGUUAACAGUUUGGAGCAACUAAAAGCACUUGCUGGUGAACUUGACUGGUUUGGUUCGGGCAGCAGAGUUAUUAUAACAACAAGGGAUAAGCAUUUGUUGCAUGUUUAUCGUGUUGAAAGAGUCUAUGAAGUAGAAGGACUGAAUCGUAAAGAAGCCCUUCAGUUGUUUGGAUGCAAUGCUUUCAAAACACAAAAAAUUGAUCAAAGAUACGAGGACAUUUCAAAGAGAGUAGUACUUUAUUCUAAGGGUCUUCCAUUGGCUGUUGAAAUAAUAGGUUCUGACUUGUAUGGUAAAACAAUAUUGGAGUGGGAAUCUGCUUUAGAUACUUAUGCAAGAAUUCCUCAUGAAAAUAUUCAGGAAAUCUUAAGAGUAAGCUAUGAUGGCUUAAAAGAAUUUGAGAAGGAAAUCUUUUUAGACCUUGCUUGCUUCUUCAAAGGAGCAAAGUUAAGUGAUGUCAAGAACAUACUAUGUUGUGGUCGUGGCUUUUCCCCAGACUAUGCUAUCCAGGUGUUGAUUGACAAGAGUCUGAUAAAAUUUGAAGACUAUAGUGUCAAAAUGCAUGACAUGAUUGAAGAUAUGGGUAGAGAAAUUGUGCGGCUGGAAGCACCCUCAAAGCCGGGUGAACGCAGUAGAUUAUGGUUCUCCAAAGAUAUUCUUCACGUUUUCAAAGAAAACAAGAGACCUUGGAGGCUUACAGUUGUAAGGAGCUUGCACGAAUUAAGAAAGGCGAAGGUCGAGUGCGGAAAACAAUGUCUUCAGAUGUGAGAAGUGUUGUUGACUUCAGUUUUUGUCAUCUGUCAGAUGAAUUUCUUGCCACACUUCUUCCAUGUUUGCACUACGUCACAGAUUUAUCCCUUGAUUACAGCAGUAUCAAAAUCCUUCCAUCCUGCAUCAAUACAUGUCAAUCUUUGAAGGGACUUGCUAUGAAUAAUUGUACGGAGCUUCGAGAAAUCAGAGGGCUGCCACCAAACAUAAAACAUCUUAGUGCAAUAAACUGUACAUCAUUGACUUCCCAAUCCAAAGAUAUGUUACAGAAACUUCACAAUUCUGGGGCCAAAUAUAUCUGUUUUCCAGAAUCAACUAUCCCAAGUCUGUUCCAUCAAUAUAAAAGAGAACCAUCUAUGUCCUUCAGGUUCCGAAACAAAUUGCCACCGAUGGCUCUUAGUACUGUGGUGGUAGUUUCGGGUGGUUUGUAUUUUUCGAAAUGUUGUGUUAAGUAUGAAUUUGACCUGAUCAUUAAUGGUAAACAUCUCAAGAACUUCUUUCAUGUUAGGUGGUCUAAAAUGAAUGCUUUUGGUAGAAAUUUAGAUCAUAUAAUUCUGCUGAAUCUGAGGUUCAAAGCUAACCUUGAUAUGAUUGGAGAACUAAAUAUUAAGAAUGGAUGGAACCAUGCCGAGAUUUCAUUAGCAAAAAAUGAUGUGAAAUGGAAAAGACUUCAUGUACAGGAACAAAAAACAAACAUGGAAGAUAUUCAAAUUAUCAAUCCUGAUGAUGCAAAA